UAAACGGUCAAACACCCGUAUGUACUCGCAGCUUUCUGUCCGGUACACAGUGGAAACAUGUCGAGAAGAGAAUCCAGAGAAGGAGCUGCGGUCAUGAAAUGCACACCUGAGACAUAAACUGCACUGUAAUCAGUACGGACGGACGGUGCAGUUUUAUGAGAGUUAGCAGCUGCUGGGGCCACGUUAAUAUUUCUCGGAAACCGGCCUGUCGGGAUCGAAUGGACGGAUAAAAUACGACCGGACCUUGAUCCGAAGCGGAAGCCUAACAGACAGGCGGUUGGGCCGGGUAGAGAGAUAGGGGGACGGCGUGUGGGUGCUCAACACAAGACAGAGUUGCUGCUUGCAAGGGGAUGUUAUCCGUACUGUCGUAUGGCAGACUGGUAGCCAGGGCUGUCCUGGGUGGACUCUCUCAGACGGACAGUCGGGACUACAGUCUAAUAAGCGCAAGUUAUGGCUUCGGUAAAGAUUUUCGCAAGGGGAUCCUUAAGAAAGGGAUGUGCUACGGAGAUGAUGCCUGCUUCAUUGCGCGGCACAGGACUGCUGAUGUAUUGGGUGUGGCCGAUGGUGUAGGUGGUUGGCGUGAUUAUGGUGUCGACCCGUCUCAGUUCUCAGCCACCUUAAUGAGAACCUGUGAGCGACUGGUGAAGGAGGGACGCUUCACUCCAAGUAAUCCAGUGGGUAUCCUAACCUCUGGCUAUUAUGAGCUUCUGCAGAAUAAAGUUCCGCUGCUAGGGAGCAGCACAGCCUGUAUUGUGGUUCUGGAUCGACGGAGUCACCGGCUACACACGUGUAACCUCGGUGACUCGGGCUUCCUUGUGGUUCGUGGAGGAGAGGUAGUUCAUCGCUCAGACGAACAGCAGCACUAUUUUAACACGCCCUUCCAGCUGUCUAUCGCUCCUCCAGGAGCUGAAGGGGUGGUACUCAGUGACAGUCCCGAAGCUGCUGACAGCUCCUCCUUUGACGUGCAGCUCGGUGACAUCAUCCUGACGGCAAGCGACGGCCUCUUUGACAACAUGCCAGACUACAUGAUUCUUCAGGAGCUCAAGAAAAUCAAGGCUACCAACUAUGACAGCAUCCUACAGACUGCACAGAGCAUUGCAAAGCAAGCUCACGACCUUGCCUACGACCCCAACUAUAUGUCCCCUUUUGCACAGUUUGCCUGUGACAAUGGACUGAACGUGAGAGGAGGGAAGCCAGAUGAUAUCACGGUGCUGCUGUCCAUUGUGGCUGAAUAUACAGACUGACUGUGUGUGAGAGUGCAUGCGUGCUUCUCUGGGGCUGGUCCUUCCUUGCCGUCUGCCUGAGUCUUCCACCUGCAGCCCUCCAAAAAAAAUAAUGCACCGCAUCCUGUGGACUGACAGGGGAAGCCCACCGACAUGACGCACACUCCUCGCUGCGGGGCUGACGUCCACCUGUGUUUUUGUUUUCUUCCUCUGUUUGGUUUUGGUACUUGAACGGGUGAGGGGAAGCAGGCAGCUAGAACAAUGUCAUGUUGAUCAUGAUGCAGGAGGAGAUGAGUACGACAGGCUGAGGGAUGCAUUUCAGUCUACCAUGUCUCAUUGUGUGGCAUCAACACUUUUUAGGUGAUGUGACUAAGAGACAGUCCAGGACAGUUUGCUUUGCCUGAGGGUUUUAAAACCUAGUAGCCCUCAUGUAUAAAAAAGCUAUAUUAUAAGAGGAGUAAGCCAUGGUUUGGGAUUCUUCAGAACGUAGUUAUAUAGCCGACUAUUGAAUCCAGCCGUCUGUUGUUUCAGUAGUUAAUCUGUUCCUUGUUGUAAACGUGUUUGAACAAAGUAUAUUGAGGGACUGAGGCUGGAUGUGGAUGGGUGUAGAGAAUGAGAUCUGGUUUGUUCGAGAGUGAGAGUUGGGUUUCAGUGUCAUUGGAUUUAGGAGUGUGAACAAUGGAAGAGGUCACAAAUUACUCAGAUCAAAGAAACCAUGAGAUUUGUUAGAGUUUACAUGUGAAAGUUGGUCAGGCUUGGUCACUUGGCUGAGGAUCCGCACAUCCUGAUCAGUUGUAAAUAUUUCUGUGUUGUCAGGACUAAGUUCUGGCCUUUUGGUUGUCUUUGCUUUGGUUGUUGAAGUAAACCCCUAUUUCAUUACUCUUGUGGAAGGUGUACACAUGCAUUCAUAAGUAUAUUUUCCUGUGUAGAUGUUAAUCUUGAAGUAAUCUUUAUCAAACCCACACUUCCACUGGCUGAAACGAGCAAGAAGAUAUGUGCUGAGAUUGAUAACUGUUGUGGUAGAAAGGAUGUUAGUGUGUGUGUGUGUUUGUGUGGCAUACGUGGGAGAAGUUAUUAAAAAGUGUGUAAUGUAUUUAAUGUCUGUAUUUGUAAUCUCACAAAGCUAAAGCUAGCAUCUGGGAAUGCUUAAAAUUGCAAUGAUAGGUCAGGCAUGAAAUUAAAAGGAAAAGAUGUAUUUUUUUAACAUUAUUUAGUUUUAAAAGCAAGAGAUUGAAGUGUCAGCUGACAUGAUUUAUGUGUGAUGGAUGACAGAGAUUCAGUGAUCUUAACAAGAAUCAGGUGUGUGUGACUAUUUUUUUAAUCUCUCAGUUCCUUAUUUCCCUUUACUUUUGUUUGCUGCUUUCAUUUUUAAUUCAGAUGUCUAACUUGACACGAUUUAUAUGACUAUGGUCACCAUGAUUGUAAAGAGAGUGUGUGUGUAAGUGUGAAAGUGUGUAAAAAUGACAUUAAUCGAAGACAUUGAUACUGUUCUGCUCAUAAUAGUCUGUCCCCUUUAUCUAUCAGCUCACCCAAGUUGUUUGGACAAUGUCUUUACAGUUUAAAAGCAGGGGCACCAAAGACACAUUUUCUUUGUGUAUGUAAUAAUGCUUUGUUGUGACACCAUACAGCAAUACUGUAAAUUCUUGUGCUCUGCAUCUUGUGUGGUGGUGAGGAAGUCUUAGAAAUGAUCAGAGGGAUAUUUUUUUUUUUCUAUGCCAACAGCUGUUUUUUUUGUUUUUUUAAAGAACAAAAGCUGUACCAUAUUCUUGGUUUAAGUUAUACAUGACUGUAUAAGACAGGUUUAUGAAACCAAAGAAGGAAAGCCAUAUAUAAACACAUGAUUAGGGUACUGCUCUGUAGGCCCUGCUGUAACGAUAACAUGGUGUUUCUUCCAUAUACAUAAAAUGACAAUUAUUUAAAUGCUAUCUGUCUUACUGUCUGCAUGGUUUCUGUCUUAGCUACUGGCACUAUUUAAAGUUAAUUUCACAAAGUUGUAGUCUCUUCUGGUCCUUAGAAUUGGCUGUAUAUGGUGUAUAAAGGUUCUGAACUUGGGAGAUGGCCCUAUCUUUGACAGGAUGCAGAAGCAAGGUUGGUGAAAAGGUUAUGGUGCUGUGAAUUUGAAGUACGACGGUGAGCACAGUUUCAGCCUUAACAAAUAGCUAGACCUGUAAUCAAGAGGCCUUUCCUGUCAUUGCAAGCUUGUCUCGUCUCGGUCGAGUUGCCCGAUGUUUGAUGUAAAUGAAGUGUGCCCGUCUUUCUCUCCCGUAAAGCCGUUUCUCAAAGGUGCUUCUGCAGUCUGUAUGGUAUGAUUGUCCUCUUUUCAGCAAGCAAUGUUUGUGUGUAUGAAAGAUACAGCUAUGUCUGCAGUGUAACAAUGCAGGUCUAAUUUAUGUAAAUAUGUUUUAAAAUAUGUACAAUAUUUAAAUAAAGAAUCUAGUAUUUAUACUAAA